UUGUUUACAUUUUGCAAUAAAUCCACAAAAACAGGUUGUGGACUUUAUCUAAACCCACUCAUUAUUUACUCUGUCUGGUGCAUAGCCUGACCCACACAAACACACACACAUUUUAUAUAAAGAGCAUUGAAAUAGUCGUAAGAGCAGAUGAAACAAGCAAGCCAAUGAAGGCAACAAAACAUGAAUGACAGCAAGACUUCAGGUAAGUUUUAGAAAGAUGAGCACCUGGUUCCUCCUUCCUCUGUGCGUGCUGACCUGUUGUUGCAGCCGUAGCAAUGGCGCCCUCUCUUGCCCAGACAUGUGCACCUGCCAUUUCUCUUCCAGCGACACCAAGGUGGUCUGCAGUGACGACUCCCUCUCCCAGUUCCCCUCCGAUUGUCUCCCAGGCAACACCACCUCCUUGUCCAUCCAAUCCACCAACCUCAGCACGAUUACUGCCAACCACUUACAGGCCACGCCCCUUCUGAAUGAGCUCCAACUAUAUUACAACAACCUGAGCACACUUCCUUCAGAUCUCCUCAGAGCUGUCCCUCACCUGCACACGUUGGAUCUCACAGGGAACCACCUGCACUUCCUACCACCAUAUGUCUUCAGCCACGCUCCACUGCGUAACCUGGUGCUGAAGAACAACCUGAUCAGCGGUGUGGAUGCUGAUUGGCUCCCUGACAACAGUAACCUCACCUGGCUGGACCUAUCAGGGAACCACUUGACGGCCGUACCCACAGCCCUGUUCCAGAAACUACGCCACCUGAAGAACCUUGACCUCUCCCAUAACCGCCUGGAGAAGCUCCUGGCGGGGGCACUGAAUCCUCUGAGCAGCCUAGAGAGGCUCAACCUGGAGGGGAACCAACUCAGCGCCCUGGACCCUUCCGCCUUCAGGAACACCCCAAACCUGACGCACCUCUUCCUCCAGGAGAACCAACUGGAGAGGCUUCCCCCGACUCUCCUCCAGGGGCUCCAUCGCCUCGAGUUCCUGUUUCUCAACUUAAACCGGCUUGGUCACAUCUCCAACACCCUGCUGGAGCAACUCUCCUCCCCAUGGACAAGCAACCAUCUUUGGGUGGCCUUCAGCCAGAACCCCUGGGUGUGUGAUAAGAAGGUGGAGGACCUGUGGAAGUGGCUGCAGAAGAACCAGAAGAAAGCUUUCCUGGCCGAUGACAUCAGGUGUGCCAGCCCUGAGUCUCUGAAGGAACGAUCAGUUAUGUCACUAACUGACAGUGAGCUAGGACUCUGAUUUAUUUUAUAUUUAUAUUACACAAUAAGACGGUGGGGAGCUGUGGAGGUGUCUCAGUAUGACCCCGGGGAGAGUGUUCUUUCUGGAGGAGGUGAAAUGUGCCAGCCCUGGUUGUUAAGGACCAGCGGUUGUGUCUCUGACAGAGAAAGAGCUAGGCCUCAAAACUGAUAAAUAAAACAGGCCCACUCUUCAGGUAACAACUGCAAAUUAUUCUGUGUUUUGAUUGGCUAAAAGGUCUUUCUCUGUCUGUCUGUAUGUAUGUGUGUAUAUAUAUAUAUAUGUGAGUAUAUAUAUAUAUAUAUAUAUAUCUCACUUACAUUAUCACACACACAUUUGAGACAAAGACCUCUUGCAUUUCAAUUAAGGCUUCUGUAUAUUUGUGGAUACCCUUAGGACGGUCCACUGGCACUAGGUGGCAUCAUAUUCAAUGUUUUUGCACGAUGAGCUCCCUAGUAGACUAUUGAGUGACCUGUCCUGAACAGUUGUUCUAAUGUAUAAUAUACAUGGUUGACAACAACUAUGCAUGAAUAGAAAAUGGACACCUUUGUGACAGGAUGUCUUUGUGACAGCUACAUUUCUACAGGUCAAUCAGCCUGGUGGAUCUAGUGAUCUGGGGGUGGUAAUACUUUGUGGUUUCCCCUCUGCAUUGUCUCACUUGUAUAUGCACUUCAUUCUUCUUCUCCUGUUUUUUAAUGGCAUUGAAAUCAAUGGGGAGGGAGCGAGAGAGUGAGAGAGAGAGAGAGAGAGAGAGAGAGGGAGCGAAAGAGAGAGAGAGAGGUAGGGAGCGAAAGAGAGAGAGAGAGA